CAUUCCUUUUACUUUCCCCAUACAAUGUUAAGUAAUCAAGGCUAUUUAUACGUUCAGGUUCAGUCGAGCGGAAGAAUCGGAACGAAGAAGAAGAAGAUGUCGAACCCAACAGUUUUACCGGCCGAUCCUUUCGAUGCCGCCGAGGAUGCGAAAACUCUGAAGAAAGCGUUCAAAGGAUUCGGAUCCGACGAGAAGGCCAUCAUCGGCGUGAUCGCGAAGCGGUCGCUGGAGCAGAGGAUGGAAAUCGUGAAGGAAUUCAAGACGUUGUACGGCGAAGAUCUGCUGGAGGAGCUGAAGAGUGAGCUGCGCGGAAACUUCGAGGAUGUUAUCGUCGCGCUGAUGACGAAUCCGGUGGAUUUCCAAGCGAAGGCUUUGUACAAAGCUCUCAGCGGAUUGGGAACGGAUGAGGAUACACUGGUCGAGGUCCUCGCCAUUCACGACAACGAGGAGGUCAAGGUUAUUAGCACAGUCUACGAAGAGCUUUAUGAAACUUCGUUGGAAAGCGAUAUAAAAGGUGAUACAUCGGGCACAGUGAAAAGACUCUUUGUUUCCUUAUCGGUGGGUGGUCGCGAUGAAUCCGAGCACACCAAUCGAGAAUUGGCUUACAAAGAUGCCCAAACAUUGCUUAGAGCAGGUGAACUAAUACAAGGUACGGACGAGUCGACCUUCAACGCGAUCCUUUGCCAAAGGAACCGGUCCCAGUUGAAAUUGAUAUUCGAAGAGUACGAAAAGUUGACCGGCCACGAGUUCGAGCAGGCCAUCAAAAAUGAGUUCUCCGGCACCGCGAAGAGCACUCUCCUCAAUCUCAUCCAUUGCAUCCGAGACAAGUACGACUACUUGGCUACGAGACUGCACAAAAGCAUGGACCGUUUGGGCACCGACGAUAGAACUCUGAUCAGGAUUAUCGUUUCCCGCUCGGAAAUCGAUCUCGGCACCAUCAAACAAGUGUUCGAGUCCAAAUACGGGAAGUCUUUAGCUGAUUGGAUCACGGACGAUACAUCCGGAGAUUACAAGCGGUGCUUACUGGAAAUCGUUGGAUAAAUAAUUUCCAAGACGAAGGCUGCUGCAGCCAACAAAUUUCCAAUAAAGUAUAAUAAGAAUAUA